CUCUGUUCCUGUUUGGGUCUCCAUUAGCCUUUACCAUCAGCUGCCUCGGUCUCCUGCUUCCAUGGUGGCCACAGCCUGCGCCUACAUCUGCCCUUCCUGCAGUCGUUCCACUGUAAGACCAGUUUCCCUGACCUCACCUUCCAGGGGUCUCCCUUAUCCUGCACUUUGACAUACACCUGCCUCUUUCAUUCAUUCAUUCAACAGGCAUCUUCUGAGGGCCUCCUAUAUGGCAAGCUCUGUUCUAAUGCUGAGUUAAUUUAACAGUAAUUCCUCAGCCAUGUUCUCCUCUCCUCUGCCCCUGCAGCUACAAAGUGAAAGGUUCUGGGAAGGUCAGGCAGCUUGACAUCUCUAAUCCUCUUGAAUGCCCUUGGGGGAUUGCCAUGAGUGACCCCCCAGAACUGACCUCAGUCAGGGCUUGAGGUGUAACCUUCACAGGACCGGAUGCUCUGUUCCCAUUGGUGACCCCCUGCUCAUCAGGUAGCCCAAGAUCCCACUGACUGAUUUAGCCUCCAUCUAACAGUUGACUGUGCUUGUGGUCCACUAGACCCUUCAGAUCGUUUUCAGUUGUUACACUUUGACCUGUGCCUCUGUCCUCUUUUCUGUGUGUGGCGUGUCAUGGCAGCUUCCUCUCCCACUCCCAGAUACACUCAGAUAGUUCAGCUCUUCCACUGACUCCCCUUCUACUGCACCGGGCAGCUUCCCCUCUUCACAAACAAGCCCUUCCGUGGUAGUCAGGCAGUCAGGUAGUCAGGGCGGUUACCACAGCAGUUGACAUCAGCAGAGUGUCCCCGAGGAGCCUGUCACCCUCCUGCCCGCCUGCAGUGCCUCCGUUGCUGCCAGUCGGAGGAGUAGAGAGGAGGCAUUUGGGGCCUCCCACCCCCUUCUUGAGGACUGGGCAGGGCUGGGGAGAGCCGGUGGCCAGGAGGGGAGGGGCCGGGAAGGCGGGGCAUCCUUGGUGGCCUCUCGCCCCGUGGCCAGGCCCUGGCGCACACACCGGGCUGCAGGCAGCGGCGCAGCAGCACCUGGGCAUGGCGGAGGACGGGCCGAAGCAGCCGCAGCUCAGCAUGCCCCUGGUCCUGGACCCCGACCUGACCAAGCAGAUGCGGCUGCGCGUGGAGAGCCUGAAGCAGCGCGGGGAGAAGCGCCAGGACGGGGAGAAGCUGCUGCGGCCGGCCGAGGCCGUGUACCGCCUGGACUUCGUCCAGCAGCAGAAGCUGCAGUUCGAGCGCUGGGACGUGGAGCUGGACAAGCCGGGCAAGGUCACCAUCACGGGCACCUCGCAGAACUGGACGCCCGACCUCACCAACCUCAUGACGCGCCAGCUGCUGGACCCCGCUGCCAUCUUCUGGCGCAAGGAGGACGCCGAGGCCAUGGAUUGGAACGAGGCCGAUGCCCUGGAGUUCGGGGAGCGCCUGUCCGACCUGGCCAAGAUCCGCAAGGUCAUGUACUUCCUCAUCACCUUCGGCGAGGGCCUGGAGCCUGCUAACCUCAAGGCGUCCGUGGUCUUUAACCAGCUCUGAUGGCAGGUGCUCGCUGCCGCCCCCUCCCCGUGCCCGCCCGCCUCGUCCCCCGCCCCAGCGCCCUGUUCCUCCAGGCGUGUGUGUGUGUGUGUGUGUGUGUGUGUGUGUGGACAUCCUUCAAGCUGCUGGCCUGUACUCAGCUUGCCCGGGACCCCCCGAGCCUCCAUCCUUCUUCUCCUCCUUUCCCCGGUGCUGGCGCUCCUGCUCACGGGAGGGAUGUGCACAGGCCCUGUAGUCUAGAAGCUGCUUCUGCUGGAGACCAUGGAGCCCUGGUCGAAGCUCAUAUGGGAAGAUGAAGGAGCCAGGGGCAUCAGCCUUCUCUCUGCUUCUUGUCCAGAGAGAGACUCAAAGAGACCAAGAGAGACAGACACAGAGAAAGAGACAUUCAAAGCACCAGCCAUUGGGUUUCCUCCGGACAGAGAUACGGACAACAGAGCAGCCUCCUGGGGAGUCCACAAAUAGGCACUUACUGCCCUCCUGGCCACAACGCCCUUUGCUGAAGUCUUGAGGUGAACAGUGAGCCUGAGAACCCAGGAAGGCUCUGCUCCCGGCCGGGCCUGGAGUGGCCCCAUGGUGCCCCAGGGGCCUCAGGACUUCAGGCAGCCACAGGGGUUGAAUCGGGCAGUGGGGAGUGGCUGGCAGGGUGGAGGCUGUGCUUGUCAACUCUUGCUCUUCUGAGAAUGAUUUCAGGAGGAAGAAGUGACAGACAGGGAGGGAACAUGUAAAAAAGUUACACAGAGAUGUAUCUCUCUAUACGUGUGCAUAUAUAUUGACAGAGAGCCCUGUAUUCAUGCGGCUGUUCUAGAGUCUGUACCUGCCCCGUGAGCAAGUCUGAUUUUAAAUGAUCUAUUAUGUAGCUGCCCGGCUGGUUCAUGGGUGACCCUAAGUAGGGGCUUGGUCAGGAUGGCCUUGGGGAGGAGGUCCUCCUGAGCUGAGAGCCUUUGAAGUUCAUACAGCGAAGCAGGGAAGAGCAUAGUGAAGGGGUUUCCCUCUGCCUGGGAAAGCUGGGUAGAGGGAUCCAGAGCCCUGGAGCUGGAGACAGUAGAUUCCUUGGGGCCUCAGGUGUCCCUGCUGGGAUGUCAGGUUUUUCCAGCACCCCGGGUGGGGAAGGCACAGGCCAGGUGAGUCUCUUUUGAUGGGGGGAGGAGGGCCCUGGCCUGCCUGGCAUGAGCUUCAGGAAGUGCCCCCAACACCCCGUCUUUAGGCCAGCCCUGUUGCUUUUGUCAGGAAGAGGCCCAGGACAUUCUCCUCGCAAAGCAGAGCCAUCGAGGGCUGCAGGCUUCUAUGAACAGACAUGCUGAGAGACAGAGGGUGGGGGCUAUCCCCAGGGGCUGGGGCUGCUGGGGGUGGUGAGCCCCCACCCUGAAGGCAUGAGAACAGGAGUGGGCUGCUGGAGUCGAGAUUCUUUAGGUGGGGAUUGGCUGUGGUCCUUUCUGACUCUCAGUUCUGGGGCCUGUUUCUGGGAUGGGCUUGAGGUCCCAGUGUUGCCUGCCUGCCUUCUCUGCUGACAUUGAGGGGAGUCCAGACCCCUGGAGUUGGCCCGGCCCUUCACCUCUCUACUAGACCUCUCCCUGUGGCUCUGGGGACCCUCUUGGUGCAGACUGCCUGUAUCCCCACCCUGCGCCACCACAUCCACCCCAUGCAUUGCGUGUCCCCAAUAAAACCUCUG